AUGAAAUUGCACGUGGCCUUCUGUAUCUUCCUCGCAGUCAUCAUUCCAAUCUCAGCUUUGCAUUCGGAAAAUGAGCUCAAGGAACUGGAAGCCGUUCUGGAGAAAUUCCAGCCUGAAGCCUUGGAAGUUUUGGAGGAACUGAAAAAAGAGCAAAUCGAGCCGCUGGUCCCACAAAAUUGUGGCUCUAAAAUCCGUCUAAAAAUCUUAGGCACUUGUGGAGAAGUAACCGAGUGCAAAUCCGGAUAUCUUGCUCCAUUGGCCUGCCGCACCCACCUGAAUGAGAAAGUUUUCCAGGAACUUUGUUGCCCAAAUUAA